ACUCGACUCGACCCCCGCCACCUCUCUUUCCUAACCCAUCGCCGUCGGUGGUCUUACGUCUUCUUUAUUUGCCUUUAGGAAAAAGUCAAGCACCCUCCUUUGAAUCCAACGCGUACCGAAUCAACAAUCCGACGUCGUUCUCUGUAAAAUUAAAAAAUAUUUCACGUAUUUUCACUCCAUCACGGUUCAUACAGCUGAGCUUCAAUUUUGAUGUCUUAGCUAACGCAUUUCCAUUUUCCAGAUCGAAUGUGAUACCAAAAAAAAUAAUCAAUUUAAGUGUAGCUAUAAUUGUAACUGAAGCAGAUCUAAAUUCAAUUAUGGAUGCGGUGUCGAUAAGAGUACCGUACAAGAAUUUAAAGCAGGAAGUGGAAUUAGUUAACGUUGAUGAAUCAUCUCGGUUUACUCAUUUGGAGAUCCGUAGUGAUUCGUCUUCUUCUCCUAGGGUUUCCAAUGGCGAAUCACGCGAUUCGCAUUCUCCUCCACAGCGGCCGCCUGUACGGAACAGUUUACUCACUUUAAUUCUCAGUUGCACCGUCGCCGCCGGUGUUCAGUUCGGUUGGGCCUUGCAACUCUCUCUCCUCACUCCUUACAUUCAGACACUUGGCAUAGAGCAUGCCUUCUCUUCUUUUAUUUGGCUUUGCGGUCCUAUUACAGGCCUUGUGGUACAACCUUGUGUAGGUAUAUGGAGUGAUAAAUGUCAUUCGAAAUAUGGCAGAAGAAGGCCUUUCAUUUUUGUUGGAGCUGUCAUGAUAUCUAUUGCUGUGAUAAUUAUCGGGUUUUCUGCAGACAUAGGAUACUUAUUGGGGGACACAAAAGAGCAUUGCAGCACUUUCAAAGGCACUCGCUCUAGAGCAGCUAUUGUCUUCGUUGUUGGGUUUUGGAUGCUCGAUCUUGCUAAUAAUACUGUGCAGGGUCCAGCUCGAGCUCUUUUGGCAGAUUUGUCAGGUCCUGAUCAAAGAAAUACUGCAAACGCUGUGUUCUGCUCCUGGAUGGCUGUUGGAAACAUUCUUGGAUUUUCUGCUGGAGCCAGUGGAGGUUGGCACAGGCUUAAAGUAGUCUUUGACAAAACUUUGCGUCUGGGCAGAUGGUUUCCCUUUUUGACAAAUAGAGCUUGUUGUGAGCCAUGUGGAAAUCUCAAAGCAGCGUUCUUAGUUGCAGUGGUCUUUUUGACUCUAUGCACGUUGGUAACUCUCCACUUUGCCAAAGAAGUCCCACUGUCACUCAAGCAAACCAAUCGCUUAUCAGAUUCUGCUCCUCUGUUGGAUAGUCCUCAGAAUACUAGCUUUGACCUUUCUCAAUCAAAAACGGAGUCGCAAUCUGUAAAUAAUGUGACCAAUAGUGAAUCUGAGGUGGGUCAUGUAACCAUUAAUAGUCCAAAGAAUGAAGACCAGAGACAUGAGCAGGAUCAAGGUGAUAGCUUCACUGAUAGCCCUGGAGCGGUUUUGGUCAAUCUAUUGACCAGCUUACGACAUUUGCCUCCUGCAAUGCAUUCGGUUCUCAUUGUCAUGGCUCUGACUUGGUUGUCCUGGUUUCCCUUUUUCCUCUUUGACACGGAUUGGAUGGGGAGAGAAGUCUAUCAUGGGGACCCGAAAGGAGAAGCAGCUGAAGUAAAAGCAUAUAACCAAGGUGUCAGAGAAGGUGCAUUUGGUUUGCUAUUGAAUUCUGUUGUUCUUGGCAUUACCUCCUUUUUUAUUGAGCCAAUGUGCAAGUGGAUUGGUUCCAGACUUGUUUGGGCUGUGAGCAACCUCAUUGUAUUUGCCUGCAUGGCCAGCACCGCUAUCAUUAGCCUGGUUUCUAUCAGUGCACAUUCACGAGGAGUCCAACAUGUGAUUGAAGCUACUCAAUCAACGAAAAUUGCUUCUUUGGUUGUUUUCUCGCUUCUUGGCAUUCCUCUUGCUGUCACUUACAGUGUUCCUUUCUCUAUCACAGCAGAGUUGACAGCUGAUGCUGGUGGUGGUCAAGGGUUGGCAAUAGGAGUCCUAAAUCUUGCAAUUGUUGUACCUCAGAUGAUUGUAUCACUUGGUGCCGGUCCAUGGGAUGCUUUAUUUGGUGGAGGGAACAUACCGGCAUUUGUCUUGGCAUCUUUAUCCGCACUUGCUGCUGGCAUUUUUGCAAUGCUCAGACUAUCAAAUUUAUCAAGUAAUUAUACAUCAACUGGCUUCCACUUUGGUUGAGUAAAUUAGUUCAUUAUACUCAUUACACGUAGGGCAUGUUAACGAACCAACAAAAACAUAGUAUAGUUGUGAAAGAUAUCUGAAACUUCCACUCAUAUUCAAUUCAUUUUUCCCCAAUUUUUGACAUUCUUGUAUAAUGUAAAUUGUCAUCUAUAAUGAGGAAGGAGUGUUGAUUCGUAGAUGUGAAUAUCUAGAUAUUUUAGUAAUUUGUUGCAAUCAA